UUCCACCUCUCUCAUCAGCUGCCCCUCCCUCUUCCUCUCUGUCUCUGCUAGGUACAGCAUGUAUGUGAGUGUGUGUGAGCCAGCAGAGCCGCCUGUGUGUUUACAUGUCAGCCUAUCAGUGCUGCCGGAUUUAGCGCAUCUGGAGAGGACGAAGGCAUUUCUCAAAUGCCCCUCAGACAAGGGAUUCUCAUUGCUGCAUGUAUCCCUCUUUCCCGUUUGAAUCUAGCCUGUCUUGAAUCCUGCAUCCCUGUCUCCAUGCUUUCGGAGGCAUUUUGAAUUUCCUUGGCAACAUGGAGCUGCCUGAAUUAGAAUUCUCUGCAUGACAGUCCUGGUAAGCAGUAGGAUGGUGACUGGGGAGGCAGGAGGGCACAGCUACUUGGUGGCGUGCUGGCAGCCCAUCCUGAUCCUGAUGCUGGGCACUGUCCUUUCUGGCUCCACCACUGGUUGUCCCUCUCGAUGUGACUGCAAUGCUCAGGAGCGCUCAGUUGUGUGCCAUCGACGGAGACUGGCAGCUCUUCCUGAGGGAAUUCCCACUGAAACAAGGCUGCUAGAUCUCAGCAAGAACCGUCUGAAAACUCUGGGGCCCGAGGAGUUCAUUAAUUACCCUCAACUGGAGGAGCUGCAACUUAACGAAAACACAAUUUCAUCCAUUGAGCCUGGGGCUUUUAGCAACCUUAUGAACCUUCGUACUCUGGGUUUGCGCAACAACCAGCUAAAGCUCAUUCAGCUGGGGGUGUUCACAGGCCUGACCAACCUCACCCAGCUGGAUAUUAGUGAGAACAAAAUUGUCAUUCUGCUCGACUAUAUGUUCCAGGAGCUGUACAACCUGAGGGCUCUGGAGGUUGGUGACAAUGACCUAGUAUUCAUCUCACCCCGAUCAUUUCAUGGCCUCAGCAACCUUGAAAGCCUCAACAUUGAGGGAUGCAAUCUGGCCUCAGUGCCCACUGAUGCCCUUAGCCAUCUGCAUAACCUGUUGUCACUUCGAUUACGCUAUCUCAAUGUCACUGUCAUAAGGGAUUACUCCUUUAAGAGGCUGUAUCGGCUCAGAGUGCUGGAUAUUUCUCACAUGCCUGCCCUGGACACCAUGACUCAAAAAUCCUUGUUUGGACUCAACCUCACAUCAUUGUCCAUCACAAACUGUAAUCUUACUGUCAUCCCCUACCAAGCCAUCAGUCACCUAAGAUAUCUUCGGUUUUUGAAUCUGUCUUUCAAUCCCAUACUAACUGUGGAAGGGAACCAACUGUUCAAUCUACAGAAGCUCCAGGCUUUUCAUUUGGCUGGUGGGAGAUUAGCUGCCAUUGAGCCCUACUCUUUCCGAGGACUCAACCACCUCCGUGUACUCAAUAUAUCCAGCAAUAGCUUGAGCACCCUGGAGGAGUCGGUCUUCCACUCAGUGGGAAACCUUGAGAUCCUGGCUUUGUAUGACAACCCGUUGGCCUGCGACUGUCGCUUGCUCUGGGUCUUCCGCCGGCGGUGGAGGCUCAACUUUAACAGACAACAGCCCAUGUGUGCUUCACCCGAGGUUGUGCAAGGAAAAGAGUUCAAGGACUUCCCAGACAUCCUCCCUUCUGACUACUUUAUCUGUCAGAAAUCAAAGAUUGUGGAUUAUAAGGUUCAAGAAAGCCAUGUAGAUGAAGGAACUACGGUUCAUUUUGCUUGCCAAGCUGAGGGUGAUCCAAUCCCUGUGAUAAUGUGGCUAUCCCCUAAGAAAGAAUACAUCACCACCAAAACUGUGGGGUCAAGACUUUCUGUGUCUAAUGAGGGCACAUUGGAGGUGCGUUACUCCCAAAUCCAGGAUAACGGCACUUACUUGUGCAUUGCAAGCAAUGCAGCUGGCAAUGACACCAAAGUUGCUCACCUUUUUGUGCAUAGCUACUCCCCCAAUUGGCCCCACCAGCCAAACAAGACAUUUGCCUUCAUUUCCAACCAGCCCAGCGAUGAAGGUGCUAAUGUGACUCGGGCCACAGUUCCAUUUCCGUUUGAUGUAAAGACACUUAUCAUUGCUACCACCAUGGGAUUUAUCUCUUUCCUCGGAGUUGUCCUCUUCUGUCUUGUAAUAUUAUUCCUCUGGAGUAGAGGCAAAGACAAUACUAAGUCAAGUAUAGAGGUUGAAUACGUGCCACGUAAAGAGGAAACAGAGGAGGCCAGUCCAACUGAGGCACCCAUACAAUUCAACAUGAAAAUCAUGUGAACUUCAAAAGGAGGCCACGUAAGCUUACAAACUGCAGUCAGGAUGCAUACUAUCCUCGCUUCAAAUACGUACUCAGUUUAUGAGCGAUAGAAAUUGCACAGCAGCAAACGCAUCUUGACACUAUACCCUAAACCUUUUUUUUUCUUUUUCUUUUUUACUUCAGGGACUGAAUCUUUGAAAGCAAAUGUUGAAUUUCAAAUAUUCAAAUUUCUGUAAAUUUGUAUUGGCAAUUCUCAAUCAGUAUGUUAACAUGCAUAAAAACAACUGUAUUACUGUGUGUAACCAAAUUAAGGUAAUGGUUUGAAUAAAGCACAUGGAUCACAGUAGACAUUUCCCUGAUAACCUGAGAUUACAUUAUAGGUGUGUUACUGUCUGGAAGGAUGUGGAGACUAGCCUGCAGGUAUAAUCUUUCUAUCAGCACAAAAUAACAGAAAGAUGGAUGUACAAAGCACAAUAACCCACUACAACAACCCAAGUUCUGUUACUUGAAAUGCUAAGUUAAAAGCAGUUUCUGUUUUCUUUUGUCCCAUCACAAGCAAUUGACAAGUAUGACACGAGUAUUCAGGGCAUUUUUAGAUAAAUAAAAAAAAGGAAAGAUACAGUCAUAGUUAGAGAAUAAAGAUGUACUUUCAAGAAAGACGUCAUACAAUUACAAACAUAAAGCUAUAUUUUGAGAAAAACAAAUCCUUGUAUUACAAGAAUAAGGUAAUCAUUUUGAGAAUAAGUUUAUAAUAUUCAGAGAACGAAGUCGUGAUGUUUUGGGAGUUGUAAUAUUACCAAAAAGUCAUGUUUUAAAAAACACACAUUUUUGGAUGCUCUGAAAUUAAAAUUUUAGUAUUAAGAAUCAGUUGGAGGGAUAGAGACUGAGUACAGUGGUGUACGUCACGUGUCAGUGAGCAGUGGCCUUUAACUACUUUCCAGCAUUAUUAAAUUGUGUUUUCAUGUUCUCUUAACUUUAAUUUUGUCAAUUGGUCUUCAAUUGUACUGUGUCUAUCAGUUAUAACUGGAGUAUUUCCUUAAUCUGGUGACAAUCGAAUUAUAAGUGGGCAUGUUAACACACUGAAUAAGAAAAAUAAGCCAGUCCUACAAUAUUUGCUCCUUUCUGCCAACAAAGGAAGUUUGUCAUUAAAUGUAUUGACAUGUUCAGCUAUA